CAACAACAAUUUAAUGAUUGCAGUUUCAUAUAAAAGUGUCAAGCUGCUUUCAAGCUAUGGUCAGGUUCUAACUUGAAGGAAAGAGGCAUUGAUAUUAAAGCACAAUGAUCAAAGAAGGAAUCCUGUUGUCAACUGUCCUUCUGGGUUGUGUCCAACUUGUGACGUCAUGUUCCUGCUAUUGGCGAAGCGCACGUGAGAUGUAUUGUGACGCUGAUUACGUCAUCAUGGCUACAAUCAAAUCAGAACUGUCACCUCCCGGGCAAGGCGAAGUCAAUCCCGGAAACCUUUCCCUCAUAGAUUUAUUCAACAGAAGAGUGCAGUAUACUUACGAAAUUGAAAUCCAUCACGUUUUCAGACAGACAGCGUCCUACAGUUCAGCAAUGAAGGUCAUUCACACUGAGGGGCCCCCAUAUUGUAUCCGGAGAUUUGAGCCCGGAUCCACCUUUGUGAUUAUGGACUGGGUGUACACUUUCUAUAACCACAAGGUACCCAUGCUUGGCGCAAGCCCUUGUGGCAGAGCGUAUAACAUUGCUGAUCCUGACCAAGUAUCUGACCUAGAACAACUGUUUGAACAGGACGUCGAUUGCUCUGCUAAUACUACCAACACUGUCGACACGAUUCUUAACUGAAACAGUUCUUAACCUGACACGUUCGGAAGUAUUAAACAAAAGCUCCUAUACUCACGUGUUUGGGUUAAUUUAUACAGUAAGUGCUGAUUCAUACUAUGGACAGGAUUAAGGACCUUGUUAUCUUUAAAACUGAUGUUGUCAAAUAUGUGGAAAAAGUGUACCUUAAAAUUGAAUACAUUUGGUAAAGUUU